AUGAGUAUAUUCGGCAAAAUUUUCGGAGGAGGGAAGAACGAGAAGGCCCCCACCACAGGGGAAGCCAUCCAGAAACUGCGAGACACUGAGGAAAUGUUGGUCAAAAAGCAAGAUUUUUUGGAGAAGAAAAUCCAAUCAGAAAUUUCCAUCGCCAAACAGAAUGGAACCAAGAAUAAGAGAGUGGCUCUGCAGGCCUUGAAACGUAAGAAGCGGUAUGACAAGCAGCUGCAGCAGAUUGAUGGGACGCUCAGCACGAUAGAGAUGCAGCGCGAGGCUCUGGAGUCGGCUAACACCAACACCAAUGUCCUGGAGACCAUGAGCAAUGCAGCCAAGGCUCUCAAGGCGGCACACAAGCACAUGAACGUGGAUGAGGUGCACGACAUGAUGGAUGACAUCGCUGAGCAGCAGGACGUGGCCAGGGAGAUCUCAGACGCCAUCUCCAACCCUGUCGGCUUCGGGGAGGACAUGGAUGAGGAUGAUCUUCUUGCUGAGUUGGAGGAACUAGAACAGGAGGAGCUGGACGAGAAGCUGCUCAACACUGGGGAGUCUGUGGCCGAGCUUCCCGAGGUGCCCACAGGAAACUUGGCCCGUGUAGAACGUAAGAAGAAGGAGGAAGAGGAUGACGAAAUGGCUGAGCUGGCUGCCUGGGCCUCCUAACUUCUUGUCUUCAGAAUGUUCAGUUGCUGGCUUCCCUCUCCUUCAGGAGCCAGCAGACUCCCUCGCCAUCCUUACUACCAAACAUACCUAAUUGGAGAGGCUUAAAGCUGACUUCACCUUAAGCACUUGCGAUGUCCUAAUUUGAGUAAAAGCAAGUUUUCAUAUAUGGUUGCUGCACAGUGGUCCUCCAUGGUCUCUGACUCCCCCAGGCAAGGUUAGCAGCCACCAUUGUUCCUCCUACAACACUGACUGCAAGAGUGAGGCCACUGAGGACUGCUGACGUACCUCUUCCCUGUGAAAGUGUCCAGGUUGUUGCUUUGUGUUUUGUCAAGGGAUUGAUGCCACCUCCAGUGUGCUUGAUGACUCCUCUAGUAACCUUCCUUUG